AUGGCGCGCCCCAAUAUUCAAGUGUCGCUCGCAGCGCCACCCGCGCACAUGGCGACCACUACACUUAAAGUCGAGGGGAUGACUUGUGGCGCAUGCACAUCCGCAGUUGAAGCUGGCUUCAAAGGUGUUGAUGGUGUUGGCAGUGUCUCAGUCAGCUUGGUAAUGGAGCGCGCGGUAGUGAUGCACGAUCCCCAACGGAUAUCCGCCGACCAAAUACAAGAGAUCAUCGAGGACCGUGGGUUUGACGCCGAAGUCUUGUCGACAGACUUGCCUUCACCGAUUGCCCCUCGCGCCUCGUUCGGGGGGUUCCCCACGGAUAACGGUCCCGUCCUGAUGAUCACGACGGUGUCGAUCAAAGGCAUGACCUGCGGUGCAUGCACCUCGGCGGUGGAAGGCGGGUUUAAGGACAAUUCUGGCGUUAAGAAUUUCAGCAUAUCGUUGCUCUCAGAGCGGGCUGUCAUCGAACACGACCCGGCACUUCUCACCGCCGAGGCCAUCUGCGAGACCAUCGAGGACCGGGGGUUCGACGCCGAGCUUAUCGAAAGCACUGUGAAAGCGGCGGAGGAAAAGGCGGCGUCGGAAGGUAUGAAGAGCGCGUCGACAGCCACCACAACUGUUGCGAUCGAAGGGAUGACAUGUGGAGCAUGCACCUCGGCCGUUGAGCAAGGGUUCAAGGAUGUGGACGGACUCCUACGUUUCAACAUAAGCUUGCUCGCGGAAAGGGCCGUCAUCACACACGACCCUGCGAAACUCCCGGCGGACAAGAUCGCCGAGAUUAUUGAGGAUCGGGGGUUUGAUGCCAAGAUUCUUUCGACGGUUUUCGAUUCGCAAGAUCAAACGAGUGGCACGUCGACGGCGCAGUUCAAGAUCUAUGGCAAUCUAGACGCGGCCGCGGCCAAGGCCCUCGAAGAGAAACUAACUGCACUUCCCGGCGUCAGCAGCGCAAGGCUGGCGCUCAGCACCUCUCGCCUUACCGUUACUCACCUACCCAACGUCACAGGCUUACGGUCCAUCGUUGAAAUUGUCGAGAACGCAGGCUACAACGCUCUGGUUGCGGACAACGAUGACAACAGCGCUCAGCUCGAGUCUCUGGCUAAGACUCGGGAAAUCCAUGAGUGGCGGCGGGCGUUUCAAAUAUCCGUCGCCUUUGCCGUCCCCGUUUUUGUCAUCAGCAUGGUUAUUCCCAUGUGUGUCCCAGCUCUGGAUUUUGGCUCGAUCGAAACUCUACCCGGCCUGUACCUUGGCGACAUUGUAUGUUUGGUCCUCACAAUACCCGUGCAGUUUGGCAUUGGGAAGCGCUUCUACGUCUCGGGUUGGAAGUCUCUCAAGCACGGUUCCCCAACGAUGGAUGUUUUGGUGGUCCUCGGCACCUCAUGCGCGUUCUUCUUCAGCGUCAUGGCCAUGCUCGUCUCCCUCUUUUUCCCGCCCCACACGAGGCCCAGCACCAUUUUCGACACGAGCACUAUGCUCAUCAGCUUUAUCACCCUUGGCCGCUUCCUGGAGAACCGCGCGAAGGGUCAGACGUCCAAGGCGCUCUCGCGCCUGAUGUCCCUUACCCCGUCAAUGGCGACUAUCUACGCUGACCCCAUCGCCGCCGAGAAGGCUGCCGAGGGGUGGAAUGACGAGGUUAAAUCCGAGGACCCGAAGCAGGCUCUUGAUGGCAAUGCGGCGGAGGAGAAGGUGAUCCCCACGGAGCUCAUCCAGGUGGGAGACCUCGUUAUCCUUCGACCCGGUGACAAAAUUCCCGCAGAUGGUGUCCUGGUUCGCGGUGAGACUUAUGUGGACGAGAGCAUGGUCACCGGUGAGGCCAUGCCGGUUCAGAAAACGAAGGGCAGCUUCUUGAUCGGCGGAACCGUCAACGGCCAUGGGAGGGUCGACUUCCGUGUCACCCGAGCGGGCCGCGACACACAGCUCAGCCAGAUCGUCAAGCUUGUGCAAGACGCCCAGACGAGCCGCGCCCCGAUCCAGCGAUUGGCCGAUGUUAUCGCCGGCUACUUCGUCCCCAUGAUUCUGUUGUUGGGUCUUAUGACCUUCCUCGUGUGGAUGGUUCUGAGCCACGUGCUGGCACACCCCCCCCAAAUCUUCCUAGAGGAUGCAAGCGGUGGCAAGAUCAUGGUCUGUGUCAAGCUCUGUAUUUCAGUCAUUGUUUUUGCAUGCCCCUGCGCGCUCGGCCUCGCGACCCCUACCGCCGUCAUGGUCGGCACCGGAAUAGGGGCGGAAAACGGUAUUCUCUUCAAGGGUGGUGCAGCGCUGGAAACCACGACCAAGAUCACCCAGGUCGUGCUUGACAAGACGGGCACUAUCACGUACGGCAAGAUGAGUGUGGCCAAGACCAACAUUGUCUCCCCCUGGAUCGACACCGACUGGCGGAAGCGACUGUGGUGGACCAUCGUUGGCCUCGCCGAGAUGGGCAGCGAGCAUCCCAUCGGCAAAGCCGUGCUACGCGAGGCAAAGACAGAGCUCGGCCUCGGACCGGAUGCAACGAUCGAAGGCAGCAUUGGCGACUUCGCGGCGGCUGUUGGUAAGGGCAUCAGCGCGUACGUCGAGCCGGCGACCGCCAACGACCGCUCCCGCUACAAGGUCUUGAUCGGCAACGUCCUCUUCCUCGAGCAGAACAACGUCACCGUCCCCCGCACCUCCAUCGAAGCCUCGGAGGAGGCCAACGCAUCCCGCUCGACCAAGUCCAGCGCCGGCACCACCAACAUCUUCAUCGCCAUCGACGGCGCCUUCGCAGGCCACCUCUGCCUCUCGGACACCAUCAAGGACGGCGCGGCCGCCGCCAUCGCCGUCCUCCACCGCAUGGGCGUCCGCACCGCCAUGGUCACCGGCGACCAGCGCGGCACCGCACUGGCAGUGGCCGCCGCGGUCGGCAUCCCCGCCGAGGACGUCCACGCGGGCGUAUCGCCGGACCAAAAACAAGCCAUCAUCCGCGACCUCCAAGACACGGGCGCGGUCGUCGCCAUGGUCGGCGACGGCAUCAACGACUCCCCCGCGCUCGCCACCGCCGACGUCGGCAUCGCCAUGAGCUCGGGCACGGACGUGGCCAUGGAAGCCGCCGACGUGGUGCUGAUGAAGCCCAACAACCUGCUCGACAUCCCCGUCGCGCUCAGCCUCGCCCGCACCAUCUUCCGCCGCAUCAAGAUGAACCUGCUGUGGGCCUGCCUGUACAACGCCGUCGGCCUGCCCUUCGCCAUGGGCCUGUUCCUGCCCCUCGGCUUCCACAUGCACCCCAUGAUGGCCGGCGCCGCCAUGGCGGCCAGCAGCGUGAGCGUGGUGACCAGCAGCCUGUUCCUGAAGCUGUGGAAGCGGCCGAGGUGGAUGGAGGAGGUCGAGGCGGAGAUGAAGGGCGGGGUGGUCAGGAAGAAGGGGAGGGGAUGGGGGCUGUUGGGAGGUGUGCGCGAGGCGGUGGGGGGUCUGUUUGGCGAGCGGAGGAAGAAGGGAGAGGGCUACGUCCCGCUUGCGACGCUCGAUGGCGACCAGGCGGUUUGA